ACCCUGCAGGCUGCAGCGCCAAACCCUGAUAGAUCGGCGGUGUUUAGUAAUGGAGAUGAGCGAUUGAUCGUCAUCUCUUCCAUUCAUCAAUGUUUUCUGCUACUCGAAGGCUCUGUUUCACUAGGGUUUCCACUCUCCUUCUAUCAAAUCGCUACAACAAUGUCGUAUCAUUAGCAGAUUUUCAUUCAGAGAUUGCUUCAAGCAAUGUGGCCCUUAGAAGCAUUCGUAGUGAAUAUGUAUUGCCUUCUAAGUCAAAGGUUGUUGGUUCUUUCAAUGGGUUGUCCCGUUGUAUGUCGACAUCGAAGGGAAGGAGUAUGCGUAGUAAGGUGGAGAGGAGAAUGAGGAAAGAGUCUGGUAAGACCUUAAGGGAGAUCCGAAGAGCUAAGAAAAUUAAGAAAAAGCUGAUGACAGAGGAAGAAAGGCUCCUUUACAACCUCAAAAGAGCCAAGAAGAAAGUAGCAUUACUUUUACAACAACUCAAGAAGUAUGAGCUCCCAGAGUUGCCACCCCCUCGUCAUGACCCAGAGCUCCUGACCCCUGAACAGCUUCAAGCUUAUAAAAAAAUAGGCUUUAGAAAUAAGAAUUACGUCCCAGUUGGUGUUCGUGGAGUGUUUGGAGGAGUGGUCCAGAAUAUGCAUCUCCAUUGGAAGUUUCAUGAGACUGUGCAAGUGUGUUGUGAUAACUUCCCCAAAGAAAAAAUCAAGGAAAUGGCAAUCAUGCUUGCAAGACUUAGCGGUGGAAUUGUCGUGAAUGUACAUAACGUGAAAACAAUCAUCAUGUUUCGUGGAAGAAACUAUCGUCAACCUAAAAAUUUGAUACCAAUCAACACCCUUACUAAGAGAAAGGCGUUAUUCAAGGCCAGAUUUGAACAAGCUCUCGAUUCUCAGAAGCUAAACAUAAAGAAGAUAGAACAAGAGCUCAGACGUAAGGGUAUAAACCCAGAGGAUCCAGUUGCUAUGGCCAGCAUCCAGAGAGUAGCUUCAACAUUUUUUAAUGCCAUUGACAAAAAAGAAGGUACCCCGUAUGUCUUCUACGGUGAUAAGCAGACAGCGACAGAGAUCGAGCGUAACAUGGAAGAAGAGGAAUCUCAUAGUGACAGUGACCAGGAAGAGUUAGACAGAUUCAUAGCUGAGAUAGAGGAUGCAGCAGAUCGAGAUUGGGUUGCUGAGGAAGCAGCAGAGAAAGAAGAGCUUAGCCAAAUUAGGUAUAGGAAUAGAGAAGAACACGGUGGGAGAUUAAGAAAAUCCGAUAUGCGUACAAAUAACAGUUCUGAUGACGAGAUUGAAAAGCCAAGUGUUUGGAGACAGCGAGAUAGUAAGCAAAGAUUAUACAAUAGUGAAGAGGAAGAUGAUGAACACGCAAAUGAGGAGGAAUGGGAUUCUGAUGAUGGUCAGAAUGCUAACGAUGCAGAUGAUUCUGAUGGAGCUCAUGGGAUCGUCAAAACGACUCGAGGAGCUGGAGGGAGGCAUGAUUCGGCCAAAAAUAGAAGUUUUAAGAGAAAUGUCGAGCCCUUUGUCAGAAAAAGGAUGGAUUCAGAAGGUUCUGAGCCUGAAACUAUGCUUAGUGAUCUUGAAAGUGCCAUGUGGCAAUCAGAAGAAGAGGAAGAAGACGAAGAAGAUGACAUGAAAGUUUUAAGCUGCGCAAAUGAUGAUUACAGGAGCAAUGAAGUUGAUUUGCAUCACAUCAAGAAAGAUAAGAAGAAUAAUAAGCUGAAUGAUUAUGACUCUAGCAUUGAUGAAUCCAAUGAAGCUUAUGAACACACAGACACUAAAAGAAAGGAGAAUAGAAUGAGAAAAUCAAAGAAUAGUUACAACUUUGUAUCGAAAAAUACUGAUUCAGGAAAGGCAUUGUGGGAUUCAGACGAAGAAGAUGAAUCAGGGACAUCGAGACCGCAGAGACACGAUUACUGGAGUGGUAGUGAUGAAGAUGAUUCUCGUAGAAAAUAGAUAAAUAGACAGUAAAAUGGAUGAAAUUUAUGGAAGAAAACCAUGGCUGCAAACUUGGUGCAAUAAUCUUCUGUUGCUUCAAUUCCCUGUCUGAUUGUGUGCGAGAGAAAAGGGCACUUUUUGGGAAGUUUGGUCGCAGUAGCCCCAUGAAACAAACGAUUUUACGGUAACUUAAAGAUGAUUCAUUUUAUCUACUGCGAUUGUUCAUCAUUUUUCAGUUUAGACUUCUUGUGCUGAUGCUUUUGAUACUAUUAGUCCAAAUAAUUGAUGCUGCAAUGUCCAAAGAUUAGCACCAUGGUGUGCUCGUGCCCGUGUUCGUGCUCGUAAAAUAGCCAUAGACAGAACUGAGAGAGACCAAAAAGGCCAUCUAAGAUCGUUGAAUUAGAAUGGAGAAUGUUAUGUAAGAAAAACUACUGUGCUUCAAGGAUGUGGCUCUUAUUCUAGUCAUGGUCUUUUUUUUUUCUUUUUUUUUUUAAUCAAUGAAUUUUUAAUUUUCCUUUCCA